ACAAACGCUGCCCCCGGGACGUGCUCAACACCUGGUACCGAUGUGAAAGCCAGCCCCAGUCGUGCAGCUGUUGCCUCACUAGUUGGUAGCUUGGCUUGGUCUGCCCUUUCCUACUCGUCCAAGUUGAUCGCCAGUGCAACUUCGGGCUCAGGGAACAAAGUCAAUCCAGUCAGUGUAAAUGAACCGUCUUCUCCACAGCCCCCAAUGACUACCAAUGCAAAAGAGACCGUGACAGAUCAGCUAUCUUCUCUCUCCUCAGCAUCAUCAAUCACUGUGGAUUCGUCUUCUGUUCGCCCAACAGAAACAGCGAAGCAGUCCACA